CUUGUUUUUCGUGACGUUUAAUGAGUGCGGCUGCGCGCUUGGCCAAUGAACUCGUCGUUGCUGACGCGAUUCGCCAAGGGAGAAAGAACUCACUGAAGCGAGCGACUUUUGUGGCGACUUGCAAAUACAGAGCAAGUUAACGCGAUUAAUUAUCCAAAUACCUGAGACAAGCGAAGAGGCAACAUACAUAUCCCGUAUGUAAUCGCCCUUGCUUGUCACCGGACGCCGCCAGCAAAGGCCAACGAACGAAAUCGUUUAUCGACAUUAUAUGAUCCAACGCCCAGAGUCGGGUUUACCCUCCAUGUGGGUGAGGGAAUUGUGUGUGUCAGACUAUGGCGAGAAAAGCAGUUAGCAGGAAAAGAAAGGCGGGGGAGCCCAAGGACCAACAACAGCUGGGCUGGUGUCAGGUGCCAUACAAGCGGAGCCGUGUCUCUUGUUCUUCACGUCAUGUGCAGUGGUGGCACAGUUCCCACUCGGUCGUCUGCGCCCUCCGGGGCCGAGAGUUCAGACCUCAGCAGCAGCAUGAGUUGCAGCUCCAGCGGAGCCUGCGCGGCUUUGCGGCCGGCAGGCUGCCUGGCAUCCUGAAGGAGCGGGAGUUCUCUCUUGGGUGUCUUAACAAAGUAUUUGCCUCACAGUGGCUCAACCAACAGCAGGUUGUAUGCGGGACCAAAUGCAACACGCUUUUUGUAACCAAUGUCAUGACGGGGCAGAUCACUCGGAUUCCCAUGCUGAAGGACAGGGAAUGUCACGGUGGAGGUUCUGUGGUCGGGGUGGUGCAGAAUUACCACACCACAGCAAGCUCUCAUUCCCGGCUCGACCAGCAGGGCUGUGGGAUCCACGCUAUUGAGAUCAACCCCUCAAGGACCCUCCUAGCUACUGGGGGUGACAACCCCAACAGUCUCGCCAUCUACAAGCUGCCCACACUGGACCCCGUUUGUGUUGGUGAUGAUGGCCACAAUGACUGGAUCUUCUCAAUAGCAUGGAUCAGUGACAGGAUGGCAGUGUCUGGUUCGCGGGAUGGCUCCAUGGGUCUGUGGGAAGUCACAGAAGAAGUCAUGAGCCAGAUACAGCACAGUCAGAGCGAAACGGCCAUGCCCUCCUAUGCCCACAUCUCCCACCGAGCCCUCAAAGACAUCCCAAAGGAGUCCACCCACCCAUACAACUGUAAAGUCCGCGCUUUGGCCUUCAACAACAACCACAAAGAGUUGGGUGCUGUGUCUUUGGAUGGCUACUUCCACCUAUGGAAAGCUGAGCACAGCUUGUGCAAGCUUUUGUCUACCAAACUGCCACACUGCAAAGAGAAUGUGUGUUUGGCCUAUGGGCAGGACUGGUCAGUAUACGCUGCUGGAUCUCAGGCCCACGUGUCUUUUUUGGAUCCUCGUCAGCCGACGCAGAGCAUAAAAUCUGUCAACUCCAGAGAGCGGGGAAGUGGGAUCCGGUCGGUGAGUUUUUAUGAGCACAUCGUGACAGUCGGCACUGGCCAGGGUUCGCUUCUCUUCUACGACAUCCGCGCUCAUGGGUUCCUGGAGAACCCUUUGAUUACAGCCGGAGGGUACCGGAAAUGCUCAGGAGAUGGCAUUCUCAAGCUCACAACAGGAAAAGGCUGGCUGAAUCAUGAUGAGACGUGGAGGAGUUAUUUCUCAGACCUUCAUUCGUUUCCAAACGCCGUGUACACGCACUGCUACGACCACUCCGGCACCAAGCUGUUUGUAGCUGGCGGACCGCUUUGCUCUGGCCUCCAUGGCAACUACGCAGGGUUGUGGAGCUAGCUAGCCUCAUCAUCCGCUGCAUCCUUACACGAUGACGUCCUCAUCCACGUUUUUAUCCAAACAGUACCUCCAUCCCUCCCCUUCUGCAACAUCAUUGUCUCUGUUGGACUCAGGAGCAUGUGACCUUGUCCCCCACCAUAUCGCAGCUAGGAUUAUUGUCGUACAUCUUUGUGACCAUAUUUUAACAUCCUGUCACCUUGUGUUCCAUUUCGUAGUUCCACCAAAGGCAAUCUGUUGUCGGUUUUCUUUUUUAAUAGCGCAGUAGCUGCCAAUGAGGAGCCUCGAGGAGGUUUUAAAACCCAGAGCCACCUGUGACAAUGAAUACGUUUUGCAAUUGGGUUCCUAUAGGUUGGGUCUGUAGUAUGUAAGGUUAUUGUUUCUGUCUCUUCCUGUGUAAGAUAUUACAAUGUUUUUGUGAAAAUGAAAUGAAUGGCAAUAUAACAAAAAGGGGAGAGGAAACAGGAUUGCAGAAGAAUUUCGAAGGACCUAACGCGUGCAGUUUGACUUUUGAUGGCUGGAACACAUUCAGUUCGGUCUCAAAACAAUCACCAAAAGCUUUUCCUUCAGCAGUGGCAAAAUGAAGACGGCUUAUCCCAAUCAAAAUAAGACAUUUUCUGGAAAUAUGUGUGGCUGCAAUCAUACAGGAGAAAUGUUAUGAUUGCUAAAUAUAAUGUUAUAUUGUGAUGUAGCCCCUUUUUGUGACUUUGAUUUGAGUGGCAUACACCUGCUGAUAUAAUUUGUUUUAUAUGUAUUUAUUUCCCCCUUAUAUCACCCAUGUUUUGAAUGGCUUGGGAUGAUAUCUAAUUUUUGAAGGUGUAUUGUCUGUUCCCAUAACCCUUUCUUGGCUUGUGUUGCUGUCCGAUUGGAAUAGAACGCUUUCUGCAGUUUUGCACACUUUUUGUGUUUGUAUACUUACAUAUUUCAAGUCUGGUGUGACUAGAUUAUUUACACUUUUUUGUUUCAUAUGUAUAGUUUCUUGUCAAAUAGAGGGCUUUUUAUUGAUUUGGUUAACUUGCCUUUGACGCUGAGACCUCUCAGAGAAUAGGGAAGAAUAACUGGUAGCUCUAAAAAACUUUGAUCCAACAAGAAGCGUUAACGUGCAUUGCUCGAUACCACAUGCACGUGUCACAAUUGUAAAUUUUCAGUUUUGUAUCAAGGAGUGAUCUUCAUGUCCUCGUUUGGUAGAGGCAGGGUAGGCCCAAGUUAUCGUUUGCUUUGCUGAGGCAGGUCUUUCUGUGAAAGACUGUCAUAGGCGAUUUGUUUGCUUCCUUUUUUUCUUUUGAAAAUAAGAGACUUCAUGAGGACUGAUUGAAAAGAGAGCCCCCAAUUACACCCACAAUUUGAACAAAAUAACCCCACACUCAAUGUAAAUUUUAUAUAAAUGUAUAUGUAUGUGUGAAAUACAUAGAGACACUGCAUUUGUAUGUAUAUUUCUGAGGAGGUGUGUGGUUUGAUGUGUACUCGGCGAUUGCUUGUUUUUUUUAUAUACAACUCAUGAAUGUUUUUACUCAGCGCAACGUGAGAAUCUCAGCAAAAAAACGUCAGGAAAACAAGUUCUUGAAUGAUAAAACAAGUAAAUAAAUACAAAAUCUA